ACCUGGAAGUGUUGACGCAAGCGGGUGUGUCGUUCAAAACUCAAUGGUGCGACUGCCUGUACUUCCGGAGAACGUCAACCUUUCACGAACAGCGAGAUAGCAAGAAGAAGAAAAAUAAUGAAAGGGUUGCUUGUCUGUCUCUAUUGACUGAUAAUUAUACAAUAUUUAUAUUUGAUAGAAUUAAAUACACUUGAACACUUAGGUGAAUCGCAAGAGGCGUCCGAAUCAACAGCAGGAGUACCACAGCUAAAGUCUCCUAUCUCUUCCCUGGUCCGACCCCGAUGUCGAGCACAUCGGCCAGCCACCACAGUGAGUGGUAGAGGGAGGGCGAAGGGGCAGCCAGCGGCCCUGUGCCUGUGACGGGCUGUGGUGGGCACGGCCCGAGGCCUCUAACUGGAUCCCUCGAAGCAGCAGCAGCCGCCCGGCGGUUCCCGCAGUGCCAUGGACCAUCCAAAAGAGGGUGAGCGGCCGGCGAGGAGCAGCAAGGUGGCACAGGGGCGCAGCGGGCACUCUAGACCCUCCAGCUCCUCAGCCUCCUCCGGGGUUCUCAUGGUGGGACCCAACUUCCGCGUGGGCAAGAAGAUCGGCUGCGGCAACUUCGGAGAACUGAAGCUCGGUAAAAAUCUCUACACCAACGAGUAUGUAGCUAUUAAACUGGAACCAGUCAAGUCGAGGGCACCACAGUUACAUUUGGAGUACCGGUUCUACAAAACAUUAGGAAGUACAGCGGAAGGCCUGCCCCAGGUGUUCUACUUUGGGCCCUGUGGGAAGUAUAACGCCAUGGUUCUAGAGCUGCUGGGCCCCAGUUUAGAAGACCUCUUUGACCUUUGUGACAGGACCUUCUCACUAAAGACUGUAUUAAUGAUUGCCAUUCAGCUGAUCUCCCGGAUGGAGUAUGUGCACUCUAAAAACCUCAUCUACAGAGACGUAAAGCCUGAAAACUUUCUCAUCGGACGCGGAGGAUGCAAAAAAGACCACAUUAUCCACAUCAUUGACUUUGGCCUGGCCAAAGAGUACAUCGACCCUGAAACCAAAAAACACAUCCCGUACCGGGAGCACAAGAGCUUAACCGGGACGGCCCGAUACAUGUCCAUCAACACACAUUUAGGAAAAGAACAAAGUCGUCGAGACGACCUGGAAGCCUUGGGUCACAUGUUCAUGUACUUCCUCCGUGGGAGUCUACCGUGGCAAGGACUAAAGGCUGAUACACUGAAAGAACGAUACCAGAAGAUCGGAGACACGAAAAGAAAUACUCCAGUUGAGGUUCUCUGUGAGAGCUUCCCAGAGGAGAUGGCCACCUAUUUGCGUUACGUAAGACGGUUGGAUUUCUUUGAAAAGCCUGACUACGAAUACCUGAGGACCCUGUUUACAGAGCUGUUUGAACGGAAAGGAUACACCUUCGAUUACACCUACGACUGGGUCGGCAGGCAGAUACCAACACCAGUGGGGACUGUCAACAUGGACUCUGGGGCGUCUGCCAUCACGAGAGAGAGCCACCCGCACAGAGACCGGCCCUCGCAGCACCAACCCAUGAGGAAUCAGACGGCAGCUUCUGACCGGAGGGGAGCAUGGGAAGUGCAGCCCAGUCGGACAAACUCCUCCUACAUGGCCUCCCACCUGGCAUCAGACAGGCACGGGGGCUCAGUGCAGGUGGUCAGUUCAACCAAUGGGGAGCUGAAUGCCGAUGACCCUCUGGCAACACACUCCAACGCACCAAUCACAGUCCAGGCUGAGGUGGAGGUGGUGGAUGAGGCCAACUGCGUGAAAAUGCUCAACCUGUGGUGCUGUUGCUUCUUCAAAAGAAAACGGAAGAAGAACACCCCGCGACACAAAUGAUCAGCAGCACGCCUAGAUCGCUCAAAGUCUUGCCCUAGAUCGCUCAGAAGUCUUGCUCGAUAAGGUUCUUAAUCGAGAAAAUCAAUUAAGUCCCAUUCAGACCAACGAAGAAGACCACGGGAGAGUGAUGAGAGGCGAUGUGCGUACACACACACACACCAAAACAAGUGUGGCUGUCUGUCGAUGGGAAUUCCUUUUUGAAUUGAGUCGUUUUUCCUCCACGAUGCUUGGGAGUAUUUGCCGGGCCCCGUUGUUGCCGGGAUUGGGAUCUUGGCUUUUGCAAUUAGUUUAAGCUUGAUUGAUGGGCUGGACAAUGGAAACACAACAGACGGUCUGUCAGCCUCCUGCUCUUUCAUAAACACACACUGAAUGUAUGGGCGGGAAGUUAAAUGUCUAUUGGAGAAUUUAGUAGAUGGGACAAGUCCUGGGAGAGGAAAGCUUGUUGGCUACUGACUGACUACAUGUAAAUAAUGGACCAAUAUCAGUUGGAACUGGUACCCUUCAAUAAACGCUUUGGACUUCAGCGUAACAGUGUCCACAUGGUAGCAACCGAGUGGGCUUUACUUCACACUGCACGCUAAGGAGAGAAGAGAGGGAGGUGGUGGCUUGAGUGUCGUCUUUACUGCUACUGUCCAAUGCCUUAACCAAACCAGCACCCCACAGAGCCAGGAGAGGGUGACGCAGGAGGCCAGGCUCUCCAUACUGAGAGGAUAUCUAUGGUCCCUGCUUAAUGUAAUGACAUAACAUACCACCCUAUGUGGAGUUCAGUUCCUCACUGGUGGUACAGUAUCUAUACAAUGGGUGGUUCAGAAAUAAUGUUGACUAGGGGCAACACUUUUAGGGUUAAUUUGGAUGUUUGUCAGUGAACUGUCAUGUAAUUCAGUGCCAUGUCAGCUUUGUGCGUUCAAUCUCUAUCUGCAAUGUUAAUAACGCUGCAACACACUGUGUAAGCCCCUGGUCUCGUAGAAUGAUCUCCUCUUCUGUGUUGAGGGAAUGCUCUUUCACAUUUUCUGCCCCUCUGUUUCCAGUGUAUUUGCCCUGUGCUGCAAAGCAUAAUCUGUGAGACCAUUAAUGAUGAUUGAUCCCAAAUGCCAAGUCCCAAAUGGAAAACAUGGGAUUGCCUCAAAAGGAUAUUAAGAAGUACCUGGUAAAAAUCUGUCUAAAUGGUGUUUUUUUUUUCAAUAUCACUUUUUGUUUUUCCUUGCAAGUGUCAUGGAGGAUUGCCUUGAACAAACAAACUGGACGUCGACAAUGUCACCAUGCCUAUCCUCUUCACAGCAUUAAUUCCAUAGGAGUGACUUUUGGGUUUUAUGUAAUUAUGUAGAUUUUUUUGUUAAAUAUAUAGCUAAUGUGAAUUUCAAAUGUGAGCAAAUGUAUUUUUCUCUUUCAAAUAGCCAUGAAGUAUGAGAAACGGACAGAGGGGGACAAAAAGCUAGACUUUUGACUGCACUACAUUUGUUGACCCACUGUUAUUGACCUAAGGCCUUGCUUUCCCCGUACUGUAUUGAUGGAUGUGCUCAAUAUACUUAAUUGUAGCGGCCUUGUGUGCUAGGUCUGUUCUAACAAUACACUUAACCAAUUCUGUCUUUAAACCCCCUCCUUGUUUAACCCCUGUGCCAUGACAUAUGUAAACACACAGUCAUACACACCCUAGACAUUAAUGUAUGAUGUGAUGUCGCCUCCUGGUGGGGUGUUGGAUACUGAUGUCCUAGUGACCAUGGUUGUGUUCAGUAGGGCACACUGUUGCCAAACGUUUUGCAACUGUAAUCAAGCGGUGUUAUUGUACAAGGUCAGGUAGUACCUCUCGUUUUGGAAAAAAAAUUCUCCCUGCUGAACAUAACCCAGGUUGGUCGUCCCAUAUGGAGGCACAAUGCCUGAGGGGAUGCCAACCGGCUCUACAGACCUCUAUGAGCAGGCAUGCUUGUAUGUGCAUAAUGAUAUUGUGUAUAUAUAUAUUUUUUCUCACCAUUGUGACUUGAGCUCGUUCCUCUGGGGUGUAAGUUAUUGUGUUGAGAGUACUCGAAUAUGAUACAUCUAUUGGACUUCUUCUGUUGUCUUUUACGUUUUAUAGGUCAGUACGGUAUUCCUCUGAGAUGUCUGAGGGAAUAACUGGUGAGGAAAAGGCGUUUUUGAAUGACGGAUAUUCCUCAUAGUGCCUCUUGAAUGGGUGUUUUGAGGGAGGGGUUUGGCAUUGCUGUCUAGCUUGCCUCUGUUGGAUGUCUCUGGGUUCGUGGUUUAGCCUAGGGUUGGAUUGGCAUUCUGUCGUUCAGGAACAUCAGUCGCUGCUGCAUAACAGGGUCAGGGGUUCAUGUCAAGCAUGUCAGCAGAAUGGCUCCACCUGCUGGGUGUAUGAAGGCUUUUCUGUCAGGACUUCAAUCCAGUGUUGCUCAGUCUGUUCUCGGGGUGCGGGGGUGAUGUGUUGUAGCCCAGCGCUAACACCUCAUUCAGCCAAUCACUAACUCCCUGAAUAUUGGAGUCAUUGUGUGUUAGUGCAGGGCUGGAACAAUAAUGUGCAUCCUCUGGCUGUCUCCUGAGGAUGUUUUGAGAAGCACUACUUUUAGUUGACCCACAGUAGACUAGUCAUUACAGUUACACUGUGACAUACCAGUUCACUUUGAAAGUGUAAGGUAUUGUUGAAUCUAGUGAGACAGACAUCCAGAGAAAGGCCUUGAAUGGUCCCUUCUGUUCCUAAUGCCAUCCUUAUGGACUACUAUCUGCCACCGUCACCUGUGCCAGGAAAAUGUCAACUAGAACUCUGAUGGAAUUCCACCUCGUGUCCCACUGACCUUUUUUUUUAAAUAUUUGUUUCACCCAUCUGUAAUGUUGAAAGUGAACAUUGUGGUUUGGAGCUAGCGAUUUAAAGUCUAUAUUGUGUUCUUAAGGUGGCUGAGAGUAAUACCAUAAUUAUUGAACCACUUGUCAAUUAAUAAUUGUUUUAAUUAACUCCUCAACCGUACAUUUCCAUUUCAGUGGACCAUUUUAUUUUGGAGUGGAACGUCACUUGUAUACUUUGUGUCUGUAUCCUACUGUUAACAGUGGUCUUAAUGCAGGUGUUGUAUCACUGUUGAAAUUCAUUUCCUUCCUGCAAUUUUGGCUUUACAGCUGAUAAACAUGAAUAAUACAAAUUGAUAUGCACAUUCUAGUUUCCUCAAGCCUUUCCACAGCCUGUCUAGAAUGAGGAAUAUUUGCUAUAGUGUGUAUUUGCAUGGCUUAUCUGGAGCAGAUGUCUGCCUGUUUUAAUGGCAAGGCUUCCUGAGGUGGACGUAUGAAGCUAAGCCACCCGUACAAAGUUAUUCUCUCUGGGCAUAAUGGAGCUCUACAAAGUCCUCCCAUUGGCUUGAUAAGUCCUACUCACAGCACAUUCCAAUUUCAGGUGUCAUUGCUUAUACAGUACUACACCUUGCCUGUCAGUCAGACCUCAUUGCUUUCAAUUGACUUGUCUUGUGUUAUUCACCAUCUUAUUUCCUGCAUGUCCAAAUGGCAUGUAAAUCCUUAUAGCAGCGUAGAGGAGGAUGAAAGGAAAGAGAUGGCCAGUCUUUUUGGGGGGGAGGGGGGGGGGGGGUUCUCUGGCACUUUCUUCCUGUCGUUGUACUGUAGAGUUGUCUUGGGUUGGUUGUAUAUGUCUGGGAGAGAAGUUGGGUGUGACACAUGACUGCAAUGUUUUAAUUCUUUUAGGUUUUACAGAGUUCACCAUUAUAUAUUUUUUUGUUUUUGUCAGUUGGAUUCUGUUAAAGAAUAUAAAGAUGUUUUUUCUUUCAAACUGUGGAAAGUAGAAUUGUACAGUACCACAAGUUUAUCGCCCUACUCUUGCUCUGGCAAUUUAUUUUCAAACCUAUGAUUUAAGAAAUGAAUCCUACAACUGUAUUAUGAAUAUUGUGUUGAAAUAUGAAUGUUACUUCAAAUCUAUUUGAAUGGUUUAACCUAGGUUAAGGGCUUCAUGAAUGAAGGACCCAUCUUUUGAUUUCUUUCUUUUUAUUAUAAUUUAAUUUUAAGUACAGAAAGAUAAAUGACCAGACUUUAUCUGAAAGGCAUAUUUUCCCUAGGGAUUCGUGUGAGACGUGUCACAUGUAUCCUUACAAAUUCACUUUUUAUUCCCUCCACGCUUUAAAGGGGAAACACACGUUUGCACCCUUUUUUUCUUUUUUUUUUUAAUAAAAAAAUCUCUCUUAACCUUU